UUUAAAUUGGCUGCAUAUCUAGUAACCACCUAUUUCUAGAACUAGAGGAAUAUAUAAUCCAGUCACUGGUUGUUUUCUCUCAUUGACAGUCAAAUAGUUCUUACGAAAAGUUUUCUGAGUUGUUAUUUCAAAUUUGUUUAGUGAGAUAGAUAGUUACCUUGAAGUGAUCUUAACUAUGAAGUAUUCUGUUCAGAAGAUAGCUUCAUGUUACAUAAAAUACGAUUCAAGGAAAAUCAUAUGGUUGUAGGUCUGAAUUUAUAUUUUAAUCAACCAAUCAAACGACUGAUGGUGCUGUCUAUCUUUCUUGGGAUUCAUAUAUAAGAUUCGCACUGUUACUAUACAUUUAACUAGAAUUUCACCAGUUAAGUCAUUUGAGUUGCUUUCCAUGUGUUGAUUAAACUAACAUGGGUAAAAAGAUGUUUAAACAUUGUACAAAUAGGGUUUUCGUUUUUCAACAGGUUGACGCCAACCUUUUAGCAAUGGAACAAAAUAAAGAAACACUUUUGACCGAAAUCAGGAGCCGAAUAAAUGAAAUGAAUUCACGCACAUUAUAUUUACGUAAAUUACCACGAAAUACAAGUCUUUCUCAGCUGAAAGCAUUGUGUCGUAAUUCAGCAAAUGGUCGGUUGCUAAAUCCGUCUCGUCACUUAAAACAUAGAUUAGCACUUGUGGAGUAUAAUUCACGUGAAGCAGCAUUGUCUAGUCUUAAGUCAUUGCAUGACAAAUCCUUUGGAGAUAUUCCUAUUACUGUGGAGUUAUGUUCUGAGCGCUGUAAAUCUCCGUCUAAUAGUUGGAGGCAACCACAAUCAUAUGAAUUGAAUGAAUUUAAUUUGAAUAAACUGUAUGUGGCAGGUAUCAAUCGUCGAUCAACUGAACAGGAAAUUCGGGACCUAUUUCCUAACGCUGAGUCUUUUGACUUCAUUGUACAUGAACGUGCUUUGUGGCAUUGUCGUGUUAUAUUUACCAAUCAAAAAGACGCUCUUGAAGCAUUCAAUACACGACAUGGAGUUGUCCUCCAUGAUACGCCAAUUAACUUAAACUUUGACCUAAGGAGCCGUAAAUCUUCACUUUUCGUGCAUCAAUCAUUCCAACAAUUACUGAUCCAAAGGUUCUGUCAAACAAAAAGCCGAAACUGAAAAGCAGAAAAAGUAGUUCCCAUUUAAAUCAGCAACAAAGUCUGGGUAAUAAGUCUGAAUCAUCAAGUGAUCCUGUUAAGAAUUCAAACCUUGAAGCAAAUAAAAGAAAAAGAAAAAAAUACAAAAAUGAGAGUGCCUCCAGUAAUUCCGUUCAGUUUUCGUUGGCUACUAACCAUGGACAUCAAGUUUCUAAACCAGUACCGAAAAAGCGAAAGUUGGUAUAGUACGGGAACAACUUGUGCGUUUGUUAACUUUAACCUGGAUUUUAAUAAAUAAAAUAAAUGUUUCAACUA